AUGCUGUGCCAGACACUUCAGAGAUUUGGUCAAAAGCUGAUACGUAGACGUAACCCGCAGCAAGACAUGGCUGAAACUCCCCCUACAAGAAGCCUGAACACUUUGGAUUUAGUGGCCCUGGGUUUGGGCCACACAGUGGGUGUAGGUGUGUAUGUGCUGGCUGGUGAGGUGGCCAGCAAUCAAGCAGGACCAUCUGCUAUGAUCUGCUUUUUGAUGGCUGGCCUAUCUUCUGUGUUGGCUGGGCUGUGCUUUGCAGAGUUUGGUGCCCGGGUUCCCUAUUCUGGCUCUGCGUAUCUCUACAGCUAUGUCACUAUAGGUGAACUCUGGGCUUUCAUCACUGGCUGGAACCUCAUUCUGUUCUUUGUUGCUGGUACAGCUAUUGUGGCCUGUGCCUGGACCUUAGCUUUUGACAACCUACCUGGGAAUGAGAUCUUUCAGACCCUGCGUGAAAAUAUCUCACCCCACAUUCCCAAUGUCUUUGUACAAUAUUUAGACUUCUUUGUUUUGGGCCUUGUGUUGUUAUUCAUUGGAUUGCUGACUUUCAGGAAUAGUGAGAUUUUCCUGGUUACCAAAGUGUUCACACUGCUGAAAAUUUUGGUUCUUGUUUUCUUCAUCAUCUCUGGCUUCAUUAAAGGGGACCUGCACAACUGGAAGCUCACAGAAGAGGACUAUGUAAAGGCUGGACUCAAUGAUACCUCUAUCUUGGGGACUCUGGAGUCUGGAGGAUUUGUGCCUUUUGGCUUUAAGGGGAUUCUCCGUGGAACAGCUACCUGUUUCUAUGCAUUUAUUGGUUUUGACAAUAUUGUUACCAGAGUCGAAGAAGUCCAGAAUCCCCAGCGUUCCAUUCCCAUGGGCAUUGUGAUUUCACUGUUCAUCAGCUCUUUGAUGUAUUUUGGUGUCUCUGCAGCACUUACGCUUAUGGUGCCUUACUACAAGAUUCAACGAGGGAGCACCUUGCCUGAGGCAUUUCUUCAUAUUGGCUGGGCCCCUGCCUACUAUGUUGUAACUUUUGGAUUUUUCUGUAGUCUUUCUGCCAGCCUCUUGGGCUAUAUGCUCCCCAUACGUCAGCUAAUAUACAUGAUGGCAAAGGAUGGCCUCCUAUUCCCUGUCCUUGCCAAGAUCCAUACUGGCACAUACACCCACAUUGUGGCCACUGUGAUCUUUGGCAUUAUCGCAUUAAUCAUGGCCUUCUUUCUUGUACUCACUGAUCUUGUGGACUUCAGGUUAAUUGUUACCCUGCUUACUUACUCCCUGGUGGCAUUUAGUGUUCUCAUCCUCCGAUAUCAGCCUGAGAUGCAGAAAGAGGGAAAUGAAGCAGAGGUGCAAGAGGAGAAUAGACUUGCAGCAGAGACACUGACUCUACAGGAACUAGUUUUUCCAGGCAGCUCCACCCCCACUCCACUCUCUGGCCGGGUUGUCUAUGUUUGCUCCUCACUGCUUGUUCUGCUGAUCAUUCUUCUUUGUCUGGUGCUGGCCCAGUCACCAGUUCUGCUUUCUGGAGACCCAGUGUGGAUUUCCGUGGUUGUGCUGCUCCUGGUGCUCAUCACUGGGAUCACUGGGGUCAUCUGGAGACAGCCACAGAGGUCCAGUCCCCUUCCCUUUAAGGUCCCUGCUCUGCCUGUCCUCCCACUACUGAGCAUCUUUGUGAAUGUUUACCUGAUGAUGCAGAUGACAGCUCUCACCUGGGCCCGAGUUGGUGUCUGGAUGCUGAUUGGGUUUGCUAUCUACUUCAGCUAUGGGAUCCAGCACAGCCUGGCCUCUAACCCCUCUUAA